UCUCAGUCUCUCUAAAAAAACCCUAAAAUUUGAGUCUUGGAUUAAGCUUUUUUGCAACAUUGUUUACAAGUGGAACUGUUUUUGUGAUAUACUCUGUUUUGUUUGAUGCAGAGCAGAUGGAUCCCUUAAGCAAUCUACCAGAUGAGGUUCUUUGUCAUACUUUGUCUUUCCUUACCACAAAGGAAGCUGCUUUGACAUCAGUUCUCUCCAAGAGGUGGCGCAAUUUGAUUGCUUUUGUCCCUAAUCUUGACAUUGAUGACUCUGUCUUUCUCCACCCCGAAGAGGGUAAGCAAGAGAGGUACGAGAUUCUUCAGAGCUUUAUGGAUUUUGUUGAUAGAGUAUUGGCAUUGCAGGGUAAUUCUCCAACUAAGAAAGUAUCCCUCAAGUGUGUAAGUAUGCAUGAUUCAAACCGUGUUGAUGAUUGGAUAAGUAAUGUGUUAAGGCGCGGUGUUUCGGAACUUGAUCUGUCAAUCUAUGUGACUAUGGAUGAAUAUGUUUUGCUGUCCACAAAAUGUUUCGAGUGCAGGAAUCUAGUUAAGCUGAGAUUAGAAAGUCUUUGUAUUGGUUAUCAGCCGGAUAGGAUCUGUUCAGACCCUGUUGGUUGGUUGGCUGGAGGAGUAUUCUUACCUAUGCUUAAAACUCUUGUGAUGAAGGCAGUUGGGUUUUAUGUUGAUGAGUUUUUUCUUAAAGCUUUGCCUGCGCUCGAGGAGUUAGUUAUGGUUGAUGUAUUCUGGUUCUGGAACGAUACGGAUGUGACUGUCUCAAAUGCAAACCUCAAGACCUUAACAAUGAGUUCAAACCAUUACUCAGGGACUUUUUCAUUUGAUACACCUAGUCUUGUUUACUUCUGUUACUCUGAUUAUGUUGCUAAAGACUAUCCUGUAGUUAACAUGGAUAACUUAGUUGAGGCUAGGAUUAGUCUUUUGGUAACUGAAGAUCAAAUCGAGCGAGCAAGAACGCCAGAGAAUUAUUUGUUAGAUGAGGGUGGGGACAAUGUUGUUCUCAGAUUUGAAAAUGUUGGGAAGCUUAUGAAUGGUAUACGAAAUGUUCAGUAUCUGGAAUUGUCUCCUCUUACUCUUGAGGUGCUUUCCAUCUGCUGUGAUUCAAUGCCAGUGUUCAACAACCUCAAAUCGUUAACUAUUAAGAGUGACAAAGAUCAUACAUGGCAAGCAAUGCCAGUUCUUAUAAGGAACUGUCCACAUUUAGAAACUCUAGUCCUUGAGGGUCUCUUGCACCAUGUCGGAGAUAAAUGUGGGGAUGUUUGUAACUGCGUUUUUCACUUGGGAAAAAGUCGUUCACUCACAUCUUGUCCAGUAAAAGUGUUGGAGAUCCAAGAGUUUCAAGGAACCAUGAAAGAGAUUGACAUGGUAAAGCAUUUCUUGGAGUAUUUUAUGUGUUUGAUGGAGAUCAAGAUCUAUAUGAAUGUUGUUAAUACAAAGCUCAAAAAGCUAAGAGUUAUCGCUAAGAGGAUGAAACUCGACAACAAGAAUUGCAAUGUGCAGCUCCUUGUAAAUGGGGAACUGUAUAAGGAGUGGAGCGCACAAUUAAGUCUUUGAAGAACAAAAGUUGCUCAUAGUUUUGCCAAAAGGAAUUGACUUUUGUUUGAUUUUUCUGUUAAUUGGUUUGAAUACAUUUUCAAAACCAGUUGUUGUCUUCUUCCUCUGUUUCGAAUGUUCUGAGCCAUUCACUAUUUUGAGGCUUGUCUUAUUCGUUAGCAAUUUGCUCUAGCUCUUUCUUGGCAUAUUUCCUAGAAGUUGCAAAUGGAAAUCAAACUCUUUACUA